AUGAAGAUUAAAACUUUCGACGUUUUGGCGACAUUGUUGCUAAAUUUAAUACAAUACGGUUGCUCGGAGCACAUCCUGUCCUGCAAUGUGUCCAUAUAUGGUACAUGUCCGGCGCUACAGACAUGUAAUGAGACGACAUCGAAAUGCGAUUGUUUACGGGGGUUUAUUCGCAUAGGGGAUGAUUGUGAGAAGCCGGACAGCAACGUUACGUCGUACAGUGGUGCAACAAUCGCCACAGUCACGAUAUUCACUCUCGCUCUGCUAAUAGCAGGAGCUGUAUUAGUUAUAAGGAAAUACAAUUUAAUUGAGUAUGUUCAACAAAAAAUCCGAUCAAGGAGGAAUAAUGACGUAAUGUAUGAAGAUGUUAUGAUCGGGAAUGAUGAUCCUCCACUUAGUCCUUAG